AUGAUGCUUUGGGCAUACUCGCGAAGUGGGGAAAUGAUAAGAAAACUCGUCGAUCUACCGGAAUAUAUGGCACUGGCACUAGAUACGCAAGAAGUUAUGUGGAUUCGUUAUUUGCUGAAAGAGAUGGGUGUCACAUGUAAGACUGCGACUACAGUGCACAUGGACAACAAGUCGGCUAUAAGUAUUGCGACGAAUCAGGGAUAUACUCCAAGAGCUAAGCCCAUUGACCUUAGGAUGCAUUUUGUUCGAGACCACAUUGAGCAAGGUGAUAUCCAGCUCAAACAUGUUCCGUCAGCUAUGCAACUUGCGGAUUACCUGACGAAGCCACUUGGUGCUCCGCAAUUGAUGAGACUACGCGAUGAAACUGGAAUUCGCGAGAGUGCAAGUUGA